AAUGGAGCGUUACCAACGUCUGGAACUCCAACAUUUGCCACCGUGGCAGAAAAUCCCCUCUCCGACGCGCCGACUUCGACAAAACGAAAAACACGUACCGAAGGAGGCGUCUCUAAACGCCCAAAGACGUCUUCUAGUGGCCUUUUGACCUCGAAGGACAAAGACUUUGCCCAUCCAUCGGUCCGGUUAGCCGACCUCGGCGGGGUGCAAUCCUGUAUAGAGAAAGUGCUCGAGCUGGUGGCAAUGCCAAUUUCUCACCCCGAGGUCUAUGUCCACACGGGGGUACAGCCCCCUCGCGGUGUUCUUCUGCACGGCCCACCAGGAUGUGGCAAAACUAUGCUAGCGAAUGCCAUCGCUGGAGAACUGGAGGUUCCAUUUAUUAGCAUCUCUGCGCCUUCAAUUGUGUCCGGGAUGUCUGGUGAGUCAGAAAGGUCGCUUCGAGGAGCAUUUGACGAAGCUCAAAAAGCUGCCCCAAGCAUCUUGUUCAUAGAUGAAAUAGACGCGAUAACACCCAAACGUGAAAGUGCUCAACGUGAAAUGGAACGCCGUAUAGUGGCCCAAUUCCUGACUUGCAUGGACGAAUUGUCCUGGGAAAAAACUGGCAACAAGCCCGUAAUUGUGAUCGGCGCCACGAAUCGACCUGAUUCAUUAGACAGUGCGCUCCGGAGAGCGGGCCGAUUUGACCACGAAAUCUCAAUGACAGUUCCAGACGAGAUUGGCCGGGAGCAGAUUUUGCGAGCUCAAUGCGUCAAGCUAAAGCUUACCGGUGGCUUUGAUUUCCGUGCCCUUGCGAAGGCUACGCCUGGGUAUGUGGGUGCAGAUCUCAGUGCACUUACGGGAGCCGCUGGGGUGAUCGCUGUCAAGCGUAUAUUCCGAAGUUUCGGAGGAUUUGACGCUGAUCCACCCUCAGUCAACGGCAAAGACCAACCUGGAGUUCAUACCCAGUCACCAGAAGAUAUUGCUCAGGCUUCAGACAUGCAAGUUGAUGAGGAUAUUACUUCGGUGAUAUCUUCCCAAGCUGGGGUUGUUGCUCCGUCAACAAAUCCAAUUUCCAGCAGCAUAAGCUCCUUCUUGAAGCGCCACCCAAACCCCCUGACACCUGAAGAACUCGAACCCCUCACUAUUACAUAUGACGAUUUCCUUGCUGCUCUCACACAAGUUCAACCUUCCUCAAAACGCGAGGGCUUUACUACCAUUCCUGACGUUACCUGGGCUGAUAUUGGAGCCCUCCACUCAAUCCGCGAUGAGCUUAAAAUGGCCAUUGUCCAACCCAUCCGGAGACCUGAAGUUUUCAGGGCUGUUGGCAUCACGGCAUCAUGUGGCGUACUGCUUUGGGGCCCACCUGGUUGUGGAAAGACCCUUCUUGCAAAAGCUGUGGCAAAUGAAAGUCGGGCAAAUUUCAUAAGCGUGAAAGGCCCUGAACUUCUGAAUAAGUAUGUGGGUGAAUCCGAACGUGCAGUUCGGCAGGUGUUCUCAAGAGCUGCCGCGUCAGCACCGUGCGUAAUCUUUUUCGAUGAGCUGGAUGCUUUAGUGCCAAGGCGAGAUGAUAGCCUGUCAGAGUCAAGUGCUCGAGUCGUCAACACGCUUUUGACAGAGCUUGAUGGGCUGCAAGUCCGAAAAGAGGUGUACGUGAUUGCGGCUACAAAUCGUCCGGACAUGAUAGACCCCGCGAUGUGUCGUCCUGGUCGGCUUGACAAGCUAUUGUAUGUCGACCUGCCCGACGGAGAUGAAAGAACGGAUAUUUUGCGCACUCUUUUACGGAACGUGCCUCUCGCCCCUGACGACAGCUCCAGUCUAUCUAUCUCUGCGUCUCUAGAUGCUAUUUUGAACAUAGUGCGCCAGAAAUGUGACGGAUAUAGCGGGGCAGAUCUUGCUGCUCUGGUGCGAGAGGCGGGGGUGCUUGCGCUUCGGGAAACGCUCAACGUUCUCGAUGCGGCUGAGGCUUCGGGUACCAACGUUGGACCGUCGGAGAACCAGCUGAUCAAAGUGACCGUGGACCAUUUUGAACGAGCAACUGGGAAGGUAUUGCCAAGCGUGUCUGUUGCCCAAAGAAGGAAAUACGAGGCGUUGCGGAGCAAAUUCGCUGGAUUACCAAUGCGGUCUCGCGUGGAACGUGAAGAGAUCCCCAGAGGUAGUAGAGAUGACCCUGCCCUCUGAUUGUCUUGCCUCCUGCGGCUGUCUGCAAACAGGGAGCCAGGUCGUUAGGGGGGACCGCCACACCCCAAACCGUCCCGCCAAUGAGUGCUGCGCUGUGUAUUUGUGCCAUGGGAUGGGAUGCUGAUGCUGGACAGUCGUCAAUGCUUUGCUUCAAAUGAAGCGUGAUUCGUUGGGGUGUCGUGUGCGAUACAUUUAUUAGUCAAUAACGA